UGAAGUUAUAACAUUUAGUUGUAAUUAUUCACCAUGAACGAAACGAGGACUCAGUCGCAGAUAAAUACCUUUCCUAUGUGGAGUGAUGAUAUUGACAUUGUAGCAGACUUAAAUUUUGAUAACUUUUCUAUGACUGUGUACGAAACUUUCUCGAAUAACUUAACAACAAACCUUACAGAAAGCAGCGAUAUUCCCUUUCACCCGCCAGAGGACGUUGUGCUCAUGAGCAUAACCUCAGUUAUCCUUGGACUUCUUAUUUUAGCAACAGUUAUUGGGAAUGUCUUCGUUAUUGUUGCUAUCUUUAUGGACCGAAACCUGCAAUGUGUUGGAAACUAUUUAGUACUCUCGUUAGCAGUAGCUGAUCUAAUGGUGGCUUGUCUUGUAAUGCCACUCGGAGCUGUGUAUGAGGUUACUCAAGAAUGGAUUCUUGGUGCUGCCCUUUGUGAUGUGUGGACUGCCUUUGAUGUCCUAUGUUGCACAGCUUCUAUCCUCCAUCUCUUGGCCAUUGCUGUCGACAGGUUCUGGGCCGUAACGCAAGUUGACUAUGUCAGAAAUCGUAGCGCUCGACACAUUGGCACUAUGAUUUUUAUAGUUUGGGCUGUUGCAUUUGUAGUUUCUUUGGCUCCUAUCUUUGGAUGGAAAGACCCCGACUUCUUAAAACGCGUAGAAGAGGAGAAGAGGUGUCUUGUCAGUCAGGACGUUGCUUAUCAGGUGUUUGCUACGUUUUCUUCUUUUUACGUACCGCUGGUGUUGAUCUUGAUUCUAUAUUUUCGAAUCUUCCGAGAAGCCAGGAAACGAAUUCGUCACAAGCCAGGAAAAAUAACCAAAAAAGAAAACAGAAAAAAGUCUUCAACGUUGACAGCAUCUGUACCUUCUUGCAGUGAGAUGACAUCAUUCUCAAACUUGAAUUCUCAAACAUCAAACCCAGAUACAGCCAGCUCAACUAAUGGCCUGAAUACUCAACAUUCAGAAAACACUCGAGUAGAGAUGCUCCAGAAAAAGAAGAGACAUACUAAGGAAUCCUUAGAGGCAAAGCGAGAACGCAAAGCUGCCAAGACCCUUGCCAUUAUAACUGGAGUUUUUGUUAUAUGCUGGUUACCGUUCUUUGUAAUGGCACUGUUGAUGUCCCUGUGUUCCCCAUGUGAACCAAGUGCUGUUCUUUUCAGCUUUCUUCUUUGGCUAGGUUACGUUAAUUCUAUGUUAAAUCCAAUCAUUUACACAAUCUUCAGCCCUGACUUUCGAUCGGCAUUUAAAAAGAUGAUGUGUGGAGAGAUGAAAAGACAACGUCGUACGCACUAAUCGUCAAACUAUAACCACGAUCUAAUCAAUCACUUGAGUCAGUCUGCCAAUAGUUAACUGGUAGUAAAUUAACAGCGGCAAUUUACACCUUCUAUACCGAGUUAAAUAACAACAUUUUCUCUGAAUAGCCUGGAGUAACCGCAUAUUACGCAAAACAUUUUCAUGAACACUCACAUUUAAUGAAACAUUCUCCUAUUCCUGAACUGGUGCCACAACGGGAGGAUACGAAUUAUGUUGAAAUCCAUACGAAACUGAACUUUGAGAGCAAUAUGUUAUUCGGGGAAGUCAUAAAGGGAGCGUUAUCUUUUAAAAAAACGAAGAGAAAAAUAUCUAAGAAGGCAGGGUAUCAAAUAUUGUAGUACAUUAUAAUCUUCUGAUUUGUCCAUUAUGUGAAAAAUGUGCAGAUAAAACAGUUGACUUUAUGUAUAUCUAGAUAUUGACGUCAGCUCUGUAUAGAUUUGCUUCAUUUUGGGGCUCAUUUAGCAAAUCUGUACACAUCUGACGAUCCAAAUUUCGUGCCACAGAAAACUUGGAAAGGUUUAGUGAAGUCAAUGGUUUAAAACAGUUGAACACUUAGCUGGGUUUAUGUCGUAAUUAUGUCGAACUAUUUAUGUGUUCUUGUAGAUAUGUCUAAUAAACUUUG